AGAUAGAGAGAGAUACACACACACACACACAGAGAGAGCGAGAGGUUGCUGAGUGACUGACAAGCCAUGUCAACUUGGUGGAGUUUAAAGCAGUCUAGCUGGAAUUAAGACAAUGACAAAGUUGUGUUUGUGUUGGUGAGUGUUGAACUAGAUUGCACCUGAUUAUUUCACUGACAGAGAGGAAAGGUCAGAGUCCUGUGGACCCCACCACCACCACUAAUAUACUUGACAGACGGGAAUUUCCUUCCUCUACUAUGGCUGGCUGGAGCCAGGGGCAGAUGGUCGCUCUGAGAGUCUGAGCAGUAGCCUACUCAGGAAAGAGUAGCGAGAGGAAGGGUGGGAGGAGGUCCAGAGAGGGAGAGGAAGAGAAACGAGUGGACACAAGAGGAGACAUGCAACGCUACGGAUCAGGACGGUCUGUAUUCACCAGCACCACAACAACAGAGGACCCUGAAGACUUUUCAAGUGAGAGGAGGAUCAGACGCCUCAGGUUAACUCUAGUUGCGGCAGAUGAUGGAAACAAGGAGCCAACAACAGCAAACUCGGAAACGGCUGAGAAGGAGAAGGAUGUCAGAGUGGCAUGGAAGAAGAAGAAUGGGCUGACCCAAAGAGGCAGGCCAGCUGGCAGGGAGUCUCCUCCGCAGCAGCUCGGAGACAUGACCAAUGGGGCGCCAGAGACCGCUCUGCAGAAUCAUGGGCCCAAAGUGUACGGCGUAGUGCAGAGGACGGGUUCGGACAGACAGCAGGAAGUGAUGGCGCGCGAGUGGUCGGUCAAUCACCUUCAGCGUGAGAUGGAGUACAUCAGGGAGGUGAGGGAUUCUUUAGAGAAGGUGAGAGAGAAGAUGUACGGGCAAUUCGGAGGAAUGCAGCAAUCCAUGCAGAGUCUUACACAGGAGAUCAGGACUGCAAAUUCACAUCGGAUGAGUCUGGAGUCAGAGGUGAGGGUCCGGACGGAAGCCAUGGACAGCUUCGAUGAGAUGAACAGCUCCCUUAUAACUGCUAACAUUGGCCUACAGAAAUCUCUUAUAGAAAACUGUCAGAGAAGAGUGGACACGAGAGACGAUGUGAAGAGUUUGCGCAGCACCAGUGAAAAAACACAAGAACAACUCAGAGAGAAGGAGAAGGAGCUGGAGGCCGCGCAGGUUGAAAACAAGACUUUAAGGCUGCAGGUGGAGUCUGCACAGGAGGCCAACAAUCAGGCGCUGCAGGAGCUUUCAGCAAAGCUACAGCAGGAGUACGAGGAGAAGCUGCAGAAUGAACAGCGGACUCACAGGGAGGAGAUCGAAAACCUACAGGCCCAACUGGAUGAGUACAUAAGGAGACUGGAGGAGGCAGAGACAAACAUCAGGAUUGCAGAGGCCAAGAUUGCUGACAGGGACCAGAGGAUAAUUGAACUGGAGCGUCUACUUGAGUGUAUGGGGAGGGAAAAGACUCAGUUCCAUAAGAAGCUGCAGGAAUGUGAACAACGUCUUCGCUUGAUGGAGCUUACAGACACAACUGAUGCAACUGUCGCCAAAAAGUCAAAAGAGCUGCAAUCGGAAUCUGUGGCUCUCCGUGAGAGAAUCAAACACUUGAACGAUAUGGUGUUCUGCCAGCAGAGAAAAGUCAAAGGAAUGAUUGAGGAGGUUGGAUCACUGCGAGCUAAAGUGGCACAGAAGGACAUGUUCAUCUCAGAGCUUCUGGACAGAAUUGCGAUGGUGGAGUGUGAGAAUAAUGAAUUAGAAGACAAGCUGAAGUAUUUUAUGUCCACACAGAAUAGGCGAGAAACCAACGAGAUAGGAGUAGGGUGCAAUCUGCUCCCUGGACAUGAAGAAAAAAGGAAUGAUGUUGAACCUCCUGUUCACUAUGAAGCAACUAAUCUACAUCCCAUUCAACAACCACCACCUGUUCAACCUCCUCCUCCAAUGAAACCUCCAUCAUUCACUCUACCUGUGUUUCCCGAACACCUUCCACCCCCGAUUCAACCUUCACCCCCCACUUUACCUCCAACUUUGAUACAAACAUCCUCCUCGAUUCAACCUUCACCCUCCAUGCAACCUUCAUCUCUUACAUCCCCCAUUCAAACUCCAUUCCACUCCCUAUUAGCAACCACCCAACCCAGGAUGUCCAGGUUUAAUAACCCUCCACCCAGUAGGCUAGACUCCAGUUUACUGAGGUACACUCCUGUGCAAUACAGCCGGUACCUGCAGGCCAACUCCUCUGUACCGGGUGGGACGCUAAGCUACCCCCACCCGUCUGAAUCUGAGCCUGCUGUCAGUCCAGUCCAGUCCGGGAGAGAUGAGGUGGACGCAAAACCAAACACAGACACAAGAUCAAGUCCUCAGGAAUCCACUUCUUCCCCGUCCUCUCAACCAAGAUCACGAGCACCUCAGGUUUAUACACCGUUCAUGAAACUUAUGGAUAUAACAGCAAAGAUAAACAUAGAUAGAUCUUGAAGUCAUAGUUUGACAUGUUGUUGCUGAAAGGUGAAUUAGUCGAUUGAUACCACUCGUAAUUUUGAAUCUAACUAAGAAAGCUAAAAAAGUAGCUAAUUAGCUUAGUUUAGCAGAAAAACUGAAGAAAAAAGAAUUGACAAGCUGGUCUGCAGGUUUUGUCUAACAAAACUCUUAAACUCUUUUUUUAUUAUUUGUGAAUUGUGAAAGACUAUACGGGUGUUUAGAUGUCUUGGGCAAGAAGUUAACUAAAUUGUUAAAUGGCCUACUGGUGGAUUGUUGUACAUCUGUGGGGACUUGAGUUAUUGAUCUCAGCCAAGAAAUAGUGCAAUCCAGCUAGUUAUAUCCCAUGUGUUCAGUCUUUAUGCUAAUCUUAGCUAAAUGUAUCUGCAAUUACUGUACAGUAAUGUGUUGCUUCGGUUAAAGCUAAGCUAAGUGCAGUUACACAUUAAUCAUACAGACAGUGGUAUAUUCUCUCUCUUCUAACUAUUGGCAAACUAUCAAAUAAGCUUAAUUUUCCAAAAAUCUUGAAAAGUUUAUUUAAAACUCAAAUGUAUUCAUUCCUAUUUCACUGCUGGUUAUCUUAAAAAAAUAACUACAAGUGACAUGCAAAAUGUUUUGUGUAGCUUUUGAGCCCAUGUUCUCAUGUCGCACUAUUAUAUAUAAUAAAAUGUGGCUUGUUGUAGGGUGUAAAUAAUAUAAUACUCUGUAAAAGUAUUUUGUAAAUAAUGUACUUAUGGAUAAUAUUUCUGUGUCCACACUGAAUGAAGUCCACUUGUGUUGCUCACAGAGCGAUGAGUAUUCAGUCCUGAAGGCUGGUUAUUGUUUAUAUUCCUACAGUUAUAUUGGCUCUGUACAAAUGAAAUGAAUAUUGUUUUGGUAUUGUCACCUUAUGAACAAAAUAUGUAUUACCUUGCUUUGUGCCUUUGUGAACAUCCUACUAUCUGAUUCUGUUGGUGGGAAUGAAUCUCUAUAAUGAGUUGGCUACAGGGUAAUCUAGUAUGUCAUUGAAAGUACAUUUAUGUGCUAAUGAUAAGACUGUUUAAUCACUUUAAAUGUAUAUACCUUACCGAGGUGACUGCCAUCCCUGAGCCAGAGGCACAAUUAUUACCCAGCUGUUGUCUGCACUGCCACUGUGUUUAAAAGAGCUUUAUGAUGUGCCUUUUCCUUAUCGAUACAUAUCAUACUGCAACUAAUGAUAACAGGCUAGCAUAUGUUUGGAUAAUAAAGACUUUACGGUGUAAGUACAA